UGCACGUGUUUAAAAAUGAGCAAUAAGAGUAGGGUUGUGCAUAAAAAGCAGCUUGCCAUUAAGAAGAUAAAAGAAGAGAAAGAAAAACAAUUCUUCUUAACUGAUGAUAAUGGAAACAUCAUACCUGGAACAUACAGAACACCGGUCGGAGAAGUUAAAAUUAAAAAAAUUGAAGCAUCAGGAAAUUACGACAUCUUGUCACUCGCGCGCUCAGUGAACGACAAUUUUGCAUCGAGAACCAAAGAGUUAUUUACCCCAGAGGUGGAAGCUGUUAAAGAAGCUAUCAAGACAGGUGUAUAUGUUGCAUGGAGACCAAUAGAUAAACCUUGGAACCAACAAGAUUGUCAACGUGUAUGUUCCACUUCUCGUUGUUUUUGUGGACACUCUUUAAAUCAGCAUGAAGCGUUUUCUUUGAAUAAAGGAUUCCCAAAGUGUAAUCAGACUGGGUGCUCAUGCAAAGGGUUUAAAUUUGUUCCCAGUAGACCAGAAGAAGUUGGUGAAUUUUGGUUAACUAGACGCAAUGAUUUUGAUGGUAAUUCGUAUCGUGUUAAAUGCAAGUGUAAGCAUACUCAUGAAGAACAUGUGGCUGAUCUCGUUCCUUAUCGAUGUAAAGUUAAGAGAUGCAGCUGUUCGGGAUUUUCAUCAGCUUUCCUUUGCGCUGCAUGUGACAAGCACUGGCAUGAGCAUCAAACAGUUUUUGAAACUGAAAUGGAACGCAAAUCUGAAGGACGUCCAGUUGGUGAAGGAUGGAUUCCGUUUGCUGAAUUACCAGAAUUAGCUAAAAUUGCACUGACUGGUGUAGAUAAUCCAAAUAUUCAAACAUUAACUGAUGCUUUGUCAGCAAGUUCUCGUCAAAGUCUUCUAGAAAAACAAACUUUACCUGCUAUCUCUGAAUUAAAAGAUUAAAAAAUUGGUAGCAUUAAUAAUUGUGGCAAUAAUUUUAAAGUAAAUGUUGUCUAAGUAAAUUUUUCAAUUUUUUAUUGUUGACAGAAAUCUAUAUUUAUAUACUACUUACUAUCUUGAUUUUCAGUAGCAUUUGCAAAUGAAUAUCUAUACACAUAUCUUUUAUUUAUCAUGUGGUUUUAAUAUCCAUUACUUUUAUUUCCUUUUCACUGUGUUGUUCUUAUUAUUCUUUCCUUAAAAUCAUUUGAAUGGAUUCACUUCUUUUAUCAUGAUUAUCUCGCCAUUAAUGUGAUAUACAAUUUUUAAAGUAUAUUUUGCUGUUCAAGAUAGACGGAAACAAAUUGUUAAGUUAUUUUUAAAGAACUUGAUGAAGUGAAAAGUAUCAACCAUUGUAAAAUCCUUGAAUAUAGAAACCUAAAUGUUGUAUGAGAUCAUGAUUUAAAGCAUAUUAGAACAAUAGCACCUAUCUAACCCUUAUUGCUUUUUUUUCUUUAAUGGUUAUUUAGUAAAAGUUAAUUUUCUGACAGAAAACUAGUUUCAAAGAGUAUUUUUUCUUGUGUGUGUGUGUAGCUUAUUUCCAUUUGUACUUUUUCAUGUACUUUUCUUUGCAAAGAUUCACUUUAUAUUUUUAUGGUUCUUAAGUGGACUAUUUCUUUCUUGAACUUUGUUCAAGCUGUGAUUAUUUAUUUAUUUCUUUCUCUCCAGAAUAAAAGAUGAUAUAACUAUUUAUUUUUUGUUGUUGGAAUCAUGAGUCAAUUGAAGCUAGACCACCAUGGAAAACCUGGAAGCACUGGGUGGCCGUUUCGUCCUGAUAUCGGACUCCUCGGCAAUGCGCAUCCACGAUCUUGCACCACACGAGAUUCGAACUCAGGACCUAUCAGUCUCGCACCAGGUGCUUAACCAACUAGACCUCUGAGCCGGCAUCCAGUGGUGUUAAUAUCUAGCCUCAACCAAUCCACGAAAUUGCGCGACCAUCUUCCAUUGUACUGAGGUUGACUCCUGUUUCUACCCGACACGGAUUAGCUCCACUGGUCACGGCUUCUCAGAACACUCAAUUUAACUACCGUAAAAAUAAGAUGAACUUAAUGUUUUUAUUAUUGUCACGGACACAUGAAAAAUACUCCAAGUAACUUUAAUAUUCUGAUCGUCAUAGUUUCACUUUGUUUCAGAUUACUAUUGUUAACAAACAACAAUAAUUAUGAUUUAUCAGUCCUCUAUGUAACUUAGUAGUGAACAACGAUCCAAGUGGGGACAACUGAAUGUAUUUCAUAUGGACAUUUCAAUAAAAUCUGAGAACCAUAUAGUAAAUAGUUAAUUUGCAAAAUAUCAAUCCAUAGUUUCAAAUUUGACUGUUCCUUUUGCAAACAUCAGUCCAUUGUCUCAGAUUUCAUUGUUCAUGCAUUUUCAUACCAAUUACUUUCCGUUCUCAAUCUUUCCUUCUUGAUAUUCUAGUGAAAUACAUUCUAUACCUGACCAUCGCUAUAUACUACUUAUAUGAAUAUAAGUAACUCACACCACAACUUGACUUUAAGUUAUUAAAUUUUAUACUUUUUUUCAG